AUGGAGCGAUAUUAUCAUAAAGUAUCUUCCAAGCGUCCAAAGCUAAGUUCAACAACUCCAGAUUCAAUUGACUUGGAAGAAAAAAUUAAUGAGUCGGAACAACAUCGACAAAAUGAAGGAAUUGAUUUAAGUUCCUUACCAAUUGAUCCUGGGGAAAGAUUAGCUAUUCGAAAAUAUCAUCCAAAUGACCAUGAUGCAAUAAGGAGAUCAUAUAUUCAUCAAGGUCCCUUCCAACCUCGAAAGCACUUGUUUCCUAAGAGAUAUAUGUAUGAUGAAAACAUCAAUCAAGGGGGAGGAGAGGUAUUUUCAAGUAUAGGUUUUACAAGUUGGAAUAAGAAGAAAAGUUUUAAUGAGCAUAUUGGCGGACCAAACAACGUUCAUAAUCAGUCAAGAAGAAAUGCUGAAGAUUUGAUAAGACAAAAACAAUCCAUUCAAAGUGUACUUGCUAAACAGUCUGAUCAACAAAAGUUAGAAUACCGAACUCGUUUAGAAGCUGCAAUUGAUGUGAUAAGAUAUCUUUUGAACCAAGGAUUAUCAUUUCCGGGGCAUCGUGAAGACGAAUCAUCUUUUAAUAAAGGUAACUAUAUUGAACUUCUUAGAUGGUAUACUAAACGAUGUGAUAAUAUUGCUGAUCCAUUUAAAAAAGCUCCAAAGAAUAAUCAUUUGACUUCUCCAUACAUUCAAAGGGAUAUUAUCACUGCAUGUAAGAUGGAAACAGUUAAGUAUAUCAUUAAGGAUUUAAAUGAUGAUUACUUUUCCAUAUUAGUUGAUGAAUCUCGUGAUGUGUCAUGUAAAAGCAAAUGGCUAUUGUUUUGA